AUGUCAAUUUUAUCAAUUAUUUUACCUAGACGCAAAGUUUUUCAUAAUUUACAUUAUCGUUUCUUAACUUUGAAACCCAAACCUUUAUCUUUCAUAACUUUAACCUUACUAUUAGCAUCACAGAUUAAUCCUCGGUUAUUUUCAUCGUCUGCUUUUGCUUGUACAGCACCUAGCUCGAUAUUAAUGUCGCAACAUGAACAGUGCAGUUUUGUUAGAGGUACGACGGAACGAAUAGUUUAUGUUACUUGUCCUAAUGACAAGGUCGCCGGGAAUUUGGCCCGAGGUCUUUUAAAAGAAAAACUGGUCGCCUGUGUGAAUAUAAUUCCAAAGAUCUCUUCACUUUAUUGGUGGGAAGGCAAAAUUGAAGAAUCUUCCGAACUCUUGCUCAUGAUUAAAACUUUGGAUAAGCAUCUUGAUGAAAUAACAGAUUAUGUAAAUAAACAUCACAGUUACGAUGUACCAGAAGUUCUUUCAGUAAAGGUUGAUGGUGGAAAUGGCCCUUAUUUGAAAUGGAUUAAUGAUAGUGUUAAGUGA